GCCCGCCGGGAGCCGACCCUCGCCGCGUGCCGGGAGCUGCGCGCCGCCGGAGGUACGGGCGGGCUGCGGCGGCCGGGUGCCGGAGCCGGGGUGCCCGGAGGAGCCCGUCGCGUCGCCGCCCGGCCGAGGCUGCCGUCCCGGGGCGGGGCGGGGCCGGGCGCAGGGAAGCGGCUUCGGCCCCUUCCCACUGGCGGGGCCGAGCGAGGGACGGGAGCGCGGCGCUGCCCGGCCGACGCGGGCGGUGCUGCCGCACGGAGCGCGGGUAACGGCCGGGGACGCCGCUGUCCGGCCGGGGCGGGUGCCGCGCCGCUCGGCGGCGUUCCUUCUCUACGCUUCUACUCGUAGUUAGAAUGAUCGCUUUUACCUAUGUAUUUCUUUAAAAGUUCUGGAGUACCUUAAACUCGGCCAAAGAAGUGAAAUAGAGGGGGGAUCUUGUCUGCGCCUCAGACCUUCUGCUUCCCUGCUGAUUUGCCCGAGGCCGUGCGUGCGUGCUGGGGGACCGCGGGCAGCAUCAGAGGGUUGUCCCUGCGGGGUUAGCUGCUGCCUUGGCUGCUGCAGCGCUGCGAAGCAAGUUGGUACUCACGGACAGAACGCAGCGCGCGGAUGUGGGAGCUUGGCAGCUGCGCGUCGUGCAGAGCGCUGUUUGUUAGAUGGAAACAGAGGCGCUGAAGUUCAGCAGGUGUGCCGUUAACGGUGAAGUCGCCAGGCUCACGGGAGGAGAGUUCUGUCGUCUCUUUCACGCUAAGAGCAGCUUUCCCGGUAACCGUUUCUGCUGGCGCUACAAAGUGUGUUUGGAGGGGUGGACUUUCCCUCGGCCUCCUCCGCAUCUGUCAGUUCGGCGCGGAACAGCUGUGAGGCUGUAAAUGUUCUGUUUGUAUUCCCGGGAAAACAAAAUGAAGGAACUAACAUCAAACAGUACAACCAGUAUAUCUCAAGCCAGGAAAGCUGUGGAGCAAUUAAAAAUGGAAGCAUACAUGGAUAGGAUGAAGGUAUCCAAGGCUGCAGCAGACUUAUUGGCAUACUGUGAUGCUCAUAUUGGAGAAGAUCCUCUUAUUAUUCCAGUGCCUGCAUCUGAAAAUCCCUUCAGGGAGAAGAAACUCUUUUGCACUAUCCUUUGAGUUGGUUUUCAACUAAAAAUAUCUUAUGUUAAAAUUUGGUAUCAGUGAUGCAUGCUUUUGGAUUUAGCAUACUUUCCUCAGAUAUCAAUAUUUAACUUAGAAUGACAGUGUUUUUAGAAGGUAGUGCGUUUCCUGUUAAUAAAUAACAUAAAAUAAAAAUAAAAAUCCUAAAAAAAUCAAGGUAAUCCUUAUUUUUCAGACCAAUGCACAAGUUUCAUUUCAGUUUUCAUAAAGAUUCCGUGGUUCUUAAUGAAAGUAUCUAGUACAGCAUCGAGUUGUAGAUAUCUUUGCCAGUCAUAGAUUUUUCUGAGACCUAAAUGAGUCAUACCAACUCUGAAGCUAUUUUUAACAUUCUUAUUUUCUUCAGAAGGUGAAUUUAAUUCAUUUGCCUUUACAAAUUUUUAUCUAAAAAGAGGAGUGUGACCUUUCCACUUGAGGCACUAUUAAGGAAAAAAUGCCAGUGAUCUACAAUGUUUGGAAUGGUCAGUCUUAUACAGUAAGUGAUGUUUAUAAAUAUGUUUUGUGAAGGCUGUAAUAAACUUGACUACAAGAACUAUCUCAGUAAGGAAGUACUGUAACUACAGGUAAAAUGAAGAUGUAUAGUUAUAUACUAUGACUGCAUCAAUAAAACUUUGGGGAAACAUG